AUGGCGGCCGGCAAUGUAAUUCCGGAAAACUAUCAGACGCUGACACCGAUUCUGAAGACACCUGUCUCUGAUAUAUUUCAGAUUCCGCUCUCGCAACAAGGCCGUCCAUGUGGCUUUUUCGAGGCACAAUUCUUUCGUUGUAUGGAGGCCUACGGCGCAAAACUUGGCCGCAAAUACUGCGAUCUAGAACACCGUGACUUUAGGGAAUGUAUCACCAGUGAAAAGCAGAAAAAG